GGUGGGAAUGGUGCUGGAGCUGAUGGAGGAACGCCAGCAGGUGGCAACUACGAGGGCUUUUGCGGGGCUGACCUGGGGUGGAGUCCUGCCACCCGGACUCAGGAGGAAAAUCCUGAGGUGGCGACCUGCAGACUGGGCUGUCAGGAGAUGGAGAGCGCGCUCACGCCCACCCGACCGCCUACUACCAGUGUUCCCGGAUGCAUGGGCUCCAGCGCCUGCCCUUUCGCCAUUUCCUCCCAACUGGCAUUAAAUCCUGGUGUAGUAGUUAUCAGUAAUUAAGAGGCUAGGCAGCCACGUGUUCUAUUGCUGCCAGUCCGCAGGACACGCAGGUGAUCGUUUUGCUGCGUUAACUCUAUGGGCGCCCAAAUCUUAGGAAUCCAUUCCACGCCACCCCGAAGACAGCGCUUGACCCUUCUGGACUGCCACGCAGGAGGCAAUCAAUGUUUUUCUUUCUUUCCUUAUUUUUUUAAGAGACAGGGUCUCGCCCUGUCACCCAGGCUGGAGCACAAUGGCAGGACCAAGGCUCACUACAGCCUGGAACUCCCGGGCGCAGGUGAUCCUCCUCAGCCUCGGGAGUAGCUGAGACCCCAGGCGCGCGCCACCACGCUUGGCAUCAAUCAAUGUAUUUAAAAACAAAGGCUGUUAAACGUGUUAUAGAAAAGAAGCUGUUUAAUGGUUGUUAAUCCAGCGAAUGGGGAAGGAUAGAUGCACGCUGCUUGGUUUAGGAAAAAAAAAACACAAAUGAGCGAACGAUACGCCCCUUCCGUUUUGUGAUAACCAAGCUGCAAAGAAAUAAAUCGGCUGGCCUUACUGCAAUCUACUGCACUCGAGGCUCCUAAGCAGAAGAGACUUGCCUUGCCUCCAAAGAGAUUUUGGACUUGGACUUUUGGUGACCAGAGAGCCUGCUUCUAUCAAUCACUGAAGACAUAAGGAAUUUUUUUUUUAAAUUAAACUUCAACACAAUGAGGUGUUGCCACAUCUGCAAACUUCCUGGGAGAAUAAUGGGGAUUCGAGUGCUUCGAUUCUCUUUGGUGGUCAUCCUCGUAUUAUUACUGGUAGCUGGUGCUUUGACUGCCUUACUUCCCAGUGUCAAAGAAGACAAGAUGCUCAUGUUGCGUAGGGAAAUAAAAUCCCAGGGCAAGUCCACCAUGGACUCCUUUACUCUCAUAAUGCAGACAUACAACAGAACAGAUCUCUUAUUGAAACUUUUAAAUCAUUAUCAGGCUGUACCAAAUCUGCACAAAGUGAUUGUGGUAUGGAACAAUAUUGGAGAGAAGGUACCAGAUGAAUUAUGGAAUUCUCUAGGGCCCCACCCUAUCCCUGUGAUCUUCAAACAACAGACAGCAAACAGGAUGAGAAAUCGACUCCAGGUCUUUCCUGAACUGGAAACCAGUGCAGUGUUGAUGGUAGAUGAUGACACACUCAUCAGCACCCCAGACCUUGUUUUUGCUUUCUCAGUUUGGCAGCAAUUUCCUGAUCAAAUUGUAGGAUUUGUUCCUAGAAAGCACGUCUCUACUUCAUCAGGUAUCUACAGUUAUGGAAGUUUUGAAAUGCAAGCACCAGGGUCUGGAAAUGGUGACCAGUACUCUAUGGUGCUGAUUGGAGCCUCAUUCUUCAAUAGCAAAUAUCUUGAAUUCUUUCAGAGGCAACCUGCAGCUGUCCAUGCUUUGAUAGAUGAUACUCAAAACUGUGAUGAUAUUGCCAUGAAUUUUAUCAUUGCCAAGCAUAUUGGGAAGACUUCAGGGAUAUUCGUGAAGCCUGUAAAUAUGGACAAUCUGGAAAAAGAAACCAACAGUGGCUAUUCUGGAAUGUGGCAUCGAGCUGAGCAUGCUCUGCAGAGGUCUUAUUGUAUAAAUAAGCUUGUUAAUAUCUAUGAUAGCAUGCCCUUAAAAUACUCCAACAUUAUGAUUUCCCAGUUUGGUUUUCCAUAUGCCAACUACAAAAGAAAAAUAUAAAAGUAAAACAAACAAAAACAAACCUGAAAACUGCUUGGCAUUUCAGUAGCUUCUCCAGGCUAUGUAUUUUUUUAAGCAACAUCAUGAACUUUUAUCUACUCCGGAAGUCUCUACAAUAGAAAAAAAAGUGCAGUGCUUCUAGGAUAUAAAAUUCACACUACUUUUGAAAGCCAAGAAGUUGGUCUUAUCCAGUUAAGUCUUAGAUGAAGAGUUUUCAUCCAGGGAUAUAACUCCUUGGUCAGUGAUUUUAUUGUUUACAUCCUGAGACUGUUCUACAGUUUCUUUGACUCCUGGCAUUUGCCUUAAGGACCUAUAGCAAGCUGUUUCUAGGAUCAGAAACUCAAGAGAGGCAUUUCUCUGCUUUUUCACUAAAGGUCAAUUGUUUUAAUUUGAAGCCUGAAAUGCCUCUUCAGCAAAAGCCUGUGGUAUGGGGUAAAGCCAUGUGAGAAGAGAAUAGUCUCAGUCACAUAUGAAGAGGAAAAUUUGCAGCUGCCAGUGCUUUCGUUGUGGCCCUGCCAACCAGCUCUUCCAGGACAAACUCAGUCCAGCAUGGUUUUGAUGUAACCAUGAGUGCUUUUAUUUUUGUGGAGUAUUUUGUGACUGGGACAGUUAAUUUUAGUAGCUGAAGAACGUCUAGUUGUUUGCUUGAUUUUUGUGAACAUUUACUGCAUGGAUCACAAAACAAUAUACCCUGUAUUUCUUAUAUGCAACUUAUAUGAAGCAAAGAGUAAAUGUGUUACUAGAUUUGGGUAGUGCAUUUUGUCGCUGAAUCUGACCUUGAGAAUGUACAUUAAUUCUUAUAUUUUACGUAAUGUAUGUGUUGUUUAAGAAAUGAAAAAAAAAAAAAAACCUUCUGAAAAACAUGAGUAAGUAAGAAAUGGCAGAAGUUAAAACCCUUUGCACCAAAAGAUCUUUAUUGUUAGAGCACUGGUUAUCUUCUGGAUACUAAAAAGUUGUAUUACAAAGCCAAACACUUGCAUUUACAACUUUAAAAAAAGAAGAUCCAAGAUACUAUUCAUAAUGAUGAAAUUUCAACUACAUACAAUGAAGAGAAAACAAGAACCCAGUCAUAACAGAGGAAUUCUAUAGGGAGUCUGCAUCAGUUUAUUGUUAAGGUUGCCUACUCUCUGUUAUGUGAAUUAACAUCUGUGUUCCACCCAUUGUCUGUGUUUAGUCCUUGUUCACUACUACGGCAAGGAAUUCUUAACUAGGCCUCUGUUUACCACCUUUCUCCUCCUUUCCCUCUUCUUCCUCCUUCGCCUCUUCCUUCUUCUUAUAUAAUGCCAGUAUAUUCUCAAAAUUGCAAAGCUGUGAGAAUAUUAAAAUAUUCAUGGCUAAUAUUCCAAUAAUGAGGUCUUUGUGCAUUUAGUUUGGUAUAUGAUGGGUUUUUUUUUUUUUUUACAUUAAAGAGUAUAUGUAUCUUAAUGCAGUCAGAUUGUAAAAAACAAAAACAAAGGAACUUAGAACCUUACUAAAAAUCGAUAAUGUCAAUUAUCUGUUUUGUCCAAUAUUGGUAGUACUUUUUUGCCUCUUAUGCUUCCUCUAGCAGAUAAAUAAAAAACUUUUGCCAUCCA